AAUUUUACCUAGCUGAAUUUGUAGCGAAGCCCUGCUGAAAUCGCGAGAGCACUUCGUCCUCCGAGCUGGCAGUUGCAGAGGUCAUCGUAGUUGCGAGCAUUUGCACCAAGUGUUAGACUUCGUCACCGGAAGCCAGUGAAGACUGAUAGCAGAGAUGUCGUCUGAAGGAACACUAAGUGUUGGAGGGGAAGAAGGGGUGAGGGAUGUGACUUCGAGCUCGAUCUCUACUUCGAGCUCGAGCUCGAGCUCGAGUGGGGGAAGUGGGGGUAGGACUUUAGUUAGUGGGGGAAGUAGGGGUAGGAUCCUAGUGAGUGGGGGAAAUGGGGAUCAAGAGGGUGGCCUUUUCCCAACCAACAUUUUAGAGGUUGCUGACAAUUGGGGAAGAUGUUAUGAUGAGAGUGAUGAGGUGGUGGGGGAAGUGAUGAGAUAUGAAUCGUGCUGGAGGUGCAGGGGGGAGCUGGGGCACUUAGUGGAGAACUAUAGUAUCCCGCCCCAUGUGCUGGUAAGGCUAGCAAGAGGUGAGGAGCGAGCGUGUUCGGCUCCAAAAGACCAUUGGAUGCCCUUGUACGCGAACUACCUGGCAGCUGGACUCCGGUUCCCAAUCCCGGAGUUGCUGGUAGCGCUGCUAAAGGAGUACGGGCUGGGGUUGACGCAGCUUGUCCCUAAUGGAGUUCGGUUGGGGGGUAGUGGGAAAGAGAAGGGGUGGUUUUACUUUACACCUCGGAUAGUUGGAGGGAGGAGUAGGAACUUGUUCACUGCAGGUCCUUCGUCCAUUAAGGGGUGGAAGGAGAAGUUUAUCUUUGUGGAUGACACGGAGUGGGGGAGGGGGGAUAGGGAGGUGGAAGAGCUGAGUAGGUGGAAGGGGAAGAGAAGAAAUCCGAACCAGUACCGGCUGGGCGAGGUGGAGAAGGACGAGGGGGGUAGUGGGAAGGAGAAGGGGUGGUUUUACUUUACACCUCGGGUAGUUGGAGGGAAGAGUAGAAACCUGUUCACUGCAGGUCCUUCCUCCAUUAAGGGGUGGAAGGAGAAGUUUAUCUUUGUGGAUGACACGGAGUGGGGGAGGGGGGAUAGGGAGGUGGAAGAGCUGAGUAGGUGGAAGGGGAAGAGAAGAAAUCCGAACCAGUACCGGCUGGGCGAGGUGGAGAAGGACGAGGUGAAGAUGUUGGAAAGAGGUGGGGGGGAACUGGCGAACAUAAUGUACCUCACUAAUCCAGAGGUGGUGGAGUCGUCUGGAAUCUAUGGGAGGAGCUCGUUGAGCAGAGAAGAGAUGAAUCGUUUGAGAGCUGGGGGCAGACCAAUACGACUUCCGGAGAAGAGGUCAAGGGCAUCAACCUCGGGUGCUCAAGAGGAGCGGGUUGGAGGUGGGACAUCAAGGCCUCCAGCUGAGGUGGGGCCCAGCUCUAAGCCCAGGAAGGGUGUACCUGAGGAGGUCAUCGCCCGGAAGAGGCCAAGGGUGGAGGAGGUGCAGCCUCUGCAGGUUGAGGCCCCGGUCGAGUUCGUACCUCGGCCGGCCCCAGUUCAGAUUGACCCGGCACUUCGGGAGACUGAGGUGGUGGUGCCCGGUAGGGGGAAGAGCUCCGUUCCUUACCCCAGGCAGGUGGCCAGUUUCUACGAUUCGGGGACAUUGGUGCCCACUUUCCCGAGGUGGACCUGCAAAGGGCGAAGGAUGAGCUGGCCGUCAAAGAGGAAGAAGUGCGAGGAGGCACUUGCAAGAAGGGAGAGUGAGCUGGCCGAAGUGAAAAAGGCAGCCGAGCUGGCGGUCCACAACUCUGUGGAGGAGAACGUUUUGGACUUCGUGAAGUCUGCCACGUUUGCUGAGGUGGCGGAUCUCUAUUGCUUGCCGACACUGGUAAUGGCCUUCACCGACUGUCGUAAGAAGGUGAAGGCGCAGAAUCCAGAGGUGGACAUGACAAGCAUCACCUUUGGUCCUGAGGAGGCGGGGGUAGAGGAAAACGGGGAUAGCAAGACGGCGGAGUUCCGCCCUGACGUGAAACUGACUUGGGAACGGGACGAGGCAGGAAAAACUAUCCUCCCAUCGACGCUGGACUUCGAGUUCGUUGCUGUGGACGAGGAGGAGGCCGAGGUGGCACCGAGCACGGAGGUGGGGGACAACAUGCGGAAUGAAGAAGUGGACCAGCAUCUCCAGAUUAUUGAUUGAGCUCGGCCAGCUCACCUUUUGUAAUUUUUAGAAUUUUUAAUAUAUGUAGAAAACAAUCUUUAUUGCAAUUGGAAUGAAUGAAUUGAAAUUUU